AAAUAAUAUUCCUCUAUACGCAGUUAACCAACACCUCAUCUGUUUAUUUAUCCAGUGCUGCUGUAUGUGUGUUCCAUGCGGUUGAAAACGUGUGCGAAAACAUGAAUAAAUCAAGGGAUAAAGCCAAACUUCAAAUAGUGGUUCUCACGGCAAGCGAGGAUGAGACAGAUGAUAAUAGUAGAUAAAACAUAAGCGAUUAGAUUAGGUUGUACAUAGAAGUUGUAAAUAUAAAGAAUAAAUCUGCUGAGAAAUGAGCUCCAUUAAUAAGAUAUCAGACAUUAAAAGUAACAUUAAAACCAAAACUACAUUGAGCAAGAAUAACCAAACUAAAAUGUCGAGCACUUCAAAAUGUGACAAACUUCAGUUAAGGCCAGACUUUCCACGACCUGUCCAAGACAUAGAUAUUCAUAUAAAUAGUAAAGAUGAUAUAGUAUGGCAAGAACGUAUCAAACAAGUCAUGGAAUUAACAAGUCGAUCUGAAGAUGAAGCAAUCAUGGCUUUACAUGACAGUGACGGUGAUUUAAAUAGGGCAGUAAAUGAUUUACUUGAAGGAGUAAGUCCUGAAUGGGAGGUUAAAAAGAAAAAAGCUCGACAAUCUGCAGGUUCAAAGUCAAUCACAGAGCAAGUUGGAGAGAUGGAAAGUAAUAUUUAUCAUUGGAAUAAUAAAUGCCUCAUUUAUAAUGACGGAUCAUCGCACAAUCGUGGACGAGCUAAUCAUAAUAAUAGAGGAUGGCGUCGACGAGAAAAUAAAGAAAAUGAGAAAAUAAUCAGUCACAAUAAAGUUGGAAUUGAAUUUAACAUCAGGCGAGGUCGCAUUGUUACUGGACGAUCUGGCCGUGGGGGUAAAAGUGGAGGAAGAGGUAUGGGCCCUCGAACUUUUGCACACAGGGGAGAGCAAAUAAGAUUAUCAAACAACCAUAAUUUUACGAAACCAAUAGAAACAUGGACUGGAACUGAAGAACAAACAACUUAUACUAAAGAUACAAGUAUAGAUUCUUGGCAUCCGGUUGAUGUUUCUGAGGAUUGGGAUAAUGAAGAAUAUACUGGUUCUUUAGCGGAUACCAAAGUCUUCACACCAAGUUUAUUACCUACGAAAGUAAUAAAUACAUCAGAGAACCACCUAAUAGAUGAAACGUUCCCAGAUAAAUUAUCGAAGUUAUCUCACUCGAUCGUUCAAAAUAACUCAUCACAAAUGCCUAUUGAUGAAACAGAACAUAAUCAGUCUCCUUUACAAAUUACAUCUUCAGUCCACGUUUCGCACUCCUUCAAUACGUGUAAAAAUAAAAGCUUGUCUGCAGCACAAUCGGAAUAUUUCUCUCAAAUAUCCGAAAAUACUAACGAUUGUCUCAAUACAUCUUCUGCUCAAUCAACUUUUAUUACUGCCAUGACUAAUCAGACACAGAAGCAAGGCAAGCAAAGAUCUCGAGUACCACCUCCUUCUAAAAUUCCUUCAUCUGCAGUAGAAAUGCCGGAUGAUGCUUUAAAUGCAAGCAUCAAUUAUUUAGAUGUACAAUUUGGAGCUUUAGAAUUUGGAAGUGAUGCUAACAUUAAUGAUAGUUCGAAUCAAGAUAAAUAUGUAUCUUCUGAAUGCAAUGCAAAUUCGUCCCAUACAGAAUGUACAACAAUAACGUCGAAAAAUGUUGUUAACCCAAAUAACCAACUCGAGCCUGCACAAAUUUCUAGUCAAAAACUGAAUUCUACGGUAGAAAUGCUACAUGGAGAUAACCAAUCCCAAUCUAAUGAAAGUUCAAAAGCUCAAACAAAAUUCACAAAUCGAAACACGAGUCUACAGCCGGUUGAUGUAAUGAAGCAAGAAAUACAUACUUCACUAAAUAGUUCUUCAUCGUAUAAUUCCCCAGUAACUUUUCAAUCAUCUCCGAAAUAUUCGACUUCUACAACGAGCAGUAACUUCAGUACAUAUUCAUGUAAUUCUCAACAAAAUCAAAUGAUUUUUACUAGCUCAACAACAGGUAGUAAUAAUACUUUUUCAGUAAUGACACCGGCAGCUCAAACGUCAUAUGGUUCCUCUUAUACUAAACCGAAUACGUUCAAUCAAACAUUACCAUCUUCAUGUGGAUCAACUGGUGUAUAUAAUCAAACUGCAACAACUAGUCAGACGUUUCAAGCUACUUCAGGAUUUACGAUACCAAUUUCGCAGUACCAAUCGCAAACUUCAUCUACAACGGUAUCAAAUACUAACUCAACAUAUAUGCCAGGUGGAUAUCAAAGUUCUUCAUCUUUUCAACCCACGGCACAAUCUUAUCAACCUCCUCAUACUACAUUUACAUCAUCAAUGAGUCAAGCAACGAGCGUGUACUCAAAUCCAGUUCAAUCGGUUUAUUCUAACACAUAUCCUAAUUAUGUUUCACAAAAUCAACAAGGAUCUCAGGAUAAUAAAGUAAUGACAAACAAAGAUAUUUCAUUCGAAACAACAAGCAGUUCAUCUCUAGUUACAAGCACCACGUGCAAUUUGAAUUUAUCAUCAACUUCAGUCAGCACAUCUCAAACAAAAACUACAAUCACAAAUGUUAUACCAAAAUGCAGUGUGGGUGGCCUGACUCCAAGUAGUAAUAGCAGUUCGAGCAGUAUAUCUGGAUCAGCAGCGAGUGGCAGUCUAGCUCCUAUAUUAAGUCAUCAAUAUAUAAUGGGACAGAGUGUACCUUAUGCAACUUUUCAGCAGCCACAUGUGUAUAGUUACGAAGAUUUGCAAUUAAUACAACAACGAAUGCCCCAUAUGCCUACUACUGGUUACUACGAUGCUGCAUUAAGUUAUCAGACAACAGGACCUGUUACAAGCCUUGGUAGCAGCAGAAGUGAUACUCUGUCUGGAGUACAGAGUGUUCAAGGUGUUCAAACUGUUCAAGCACAAUAUACAAGUAUAAAUGAUGGUAGAUUUGCUAGAACUGAUAGUAAUGCAUCUCCGGUACCUUCUACUAUAUCACAGCAAACUACCCAACAUCAACAACCGUUGAUAAAUCCCAUACCGCCAGGAUACGCGUAUUUCUAUGGUGGUGGCAUAAUGCCUGCUAGUGGUUUCCAAUAUGGAACUCCAGCAAUCUAUCCACAAAUUGCUACUGCUGGUAGUGCAGGAAACUCUAGUGGUAGUUACAGUACAAAACCUGGAAAUUACAAUUCCACUUACGGAGGUGCUACGAAUUAUGACACGUUAUCAAGCUCGGGUUCAUCCGGAGAUUAUAAAAAUUCAACGAGUGGAUAUAGUAAUAGUCAAAAUAAAAAUAGCUCUACCAAUAAUUCCACAAAUACGGCUAAUUCCUCGGAAAUAAGUACGACGAUGUAUUCAAAAGGUCAUGUGACAUUAAACAAAGUAAAUUCUUACGAAAAACAGACGUUUCAUUCGGCAACACCGCCACCAUUUGGACUCACAAACAGUCAAAGUGCAAAUGUAAUUGGAGGAUAUGGGACUGCUCAUUUAUUUAUUCCUACAGUUCCGCAUCAACUUCAUCAACCUAUACAUCAAGAUAAUACAUCUAGUACAGGACAGAGGACAAAUUCAAAUUCUCAAAAUAAAGCACAAGCAAAAUCAGGCUACAAUACUAGCUACUGGACGGGUGGAAACUAGAUUUAUCUUUUUUAAGUUAGAUGAAGAAAAGUGCAUUAUCAUUUCUUACAGUAAAAAUGUGAAUAAAUAUUAAAUAAUUAUAAACUAAAAUUUAUUUUAUACUUUAUGGAUGAAUGAAUGCAAAGGUAUUGAUAAAAUUUAUUGACUUCAUUAUAUGCAUAUCCCAAACUUAUUAGUAAAGAUUUCUAAUACUCUGAGAAAAACAUACAUGUUUUGCACUCAUUCGACUUCAAAAACUUUGGUUUACCGUAAUUUUCACUUUUGUGCUUUACAUUUUUCAUAUUUCAAUUAUACAUCACUAUUUUUCUAUGUAAAUAUUACUUUACAAAACAAAAUAAUUGAUGAAAAAAUUUUUAAAUAUGCAUAUUUAUUUAUAAUGAUAAAUCAGAUUUUAGUUUAUUUACUGUUUCACUAUAAGUAAACAUGUGUGAAAUUAACGUUGAUAAAACUGGAUUUAUAGGAAAUUAGUUGAAUCCUUUUAAAUGCAUGAAAUAUGUCACUAUGUAAUAAAUAUAGGUUAAUCUACAAAACUCUACUUUGAACUAUCAUAAUAUCAGCUAUUUAAGUCAUCACAUAAUGUAAAAGAUUCGGCAUAUAAUGAAAAGUCUAAAUAUUUCAUUUACCACAUUACUUAGCCGAUUUAUAAAAGUUAUACGUUUUUAUCUAGUCCAUAACAAAACUUAACUAGAUAUAUAAUAUAUACAUAUAAAUAAGGAAUUAUAUAUUUUGAUAAUGGCCGUAGUUUCGCCAUUCAAUGACAACAUACCGGGUGUCCACAA